CCAGCCCACUUCUAUGAGAUUAGAAGUAAGACCCGAGAUUUUAUUGAACAAUUUUUCUCCUUCUUUCCACUCAAAAACUCCAUUGAAGCAGCCAAGAGCUUAUACUACACAGUAAUCAAUAUAUUUGGAAGUGGCGGAUCCAGUCUCUCACAAAGCAAGGCAGCCGUUUGUUCUCAUCAAGUGAAUCGGAAUAUUGAGCUUCUUUUUGGAUCCAAGAAAUGAACUUAGGGAGACUGAAAAAUGUGGUAGCUGCUGCAGCGAUUGAAGGAUUAGCCGAGGUAAGGGCCAAGAUAUUUGGUCAUGUAAUUAAUCCAACUGGGCAGCGAUCUGCUCACAAGGUUUUACGCAAGAAGCUGAUCGGUGAAAAGGUCUCACAAUGGUACCCACACGAUAUCAUGAAAGAUGACCCUCUUGUGAUGGCUCGUCAAGAGCAAGAGCGUCUCAGCAAGCUUGAAAUGUUGAAACGUCGUGGAAAGGGGCCACCUAAGAAGGGCCAGGGCAAACAGGCUAAGAAACGCAACAAAUAGAGAUGAUAGUCUCACUGGUUUGAAAUAAAGGGGUAUCUAGGAUUACUAUUUGCAAUUUGAUUACUAACUUUUCUCAUCAGCCACUUGCUUUCUAGUGAACAUCAUCUGCAUACUCUUCUACAAUUUUUUUCCAUAUAGUUUGGGCUGUUCGAGCUAGUUUGCUUGUUCCUCGACUAAUUUGCAAUGAGUUAAAUGGGUGGGUAUAUUAUUGGAUUUGGUAUAA